AUGCCAGGACUUUUACACCUGCCGACCGAGGUUCUGACACUGAUCGUCGAGGAGGUCUGCAUCACAGCGGAGCUCGACAACCUGGGCCAGACUGUGACGGUGGAGCUAAAGUGCCCACCCGGGGACGUUGUGGAUGAAGGCGUGCAACGCCACCCAUCGUUGAACGCCCUUGGCGGUGCCCAGGUUGUUCGUUAUAGCGGCAGCCGUUCAGACAUACGGCACCAGCGUGAUCAGCUCGAAGCGCUCCUCGUGCAGCGAUUCAGGGAACAAAGCCUCGGCAGGGUUGUUUCCGACUCGUUCCUCCAUGGAGUGCACGGUUCGCACAGGCUGGAGGGUUUCUUCCAGAGCGUCCAGGCCGAGGCGAAUGAGCUGAUCCUCAACCACAGGCCCGACACUCGCUGCCUUCUCGCCUUGGCCUCAGCCUGUCGGCUGCUUCGAGCUUGUGCCGAGCCGUUUCUAUACAGGGUCGCCGACCUGUACUAUGGAAACCCGUGCGCUUACGCCGAGCACCUCGGACUUCUUCUGCGCUACCCGCACUUGACGAGGCAUGUUCGCCUUCUCUCCUUCAGCACUUUAGACGACGAGAAGUUCGAGAACGACCCUUAUGGCUUUCUACCACCGGGUCAGGGCCAGCUCGCCGAGGCAGUAGCUGGUCUAGUGUCACGCGACGGCCCAGUCUCAAGAGAGGAGAUCUGGCGAAGCCUUGGCCCCGAAAGGUUCGGCUCUCACGGUCUGCACCCAUCGAUGUUUCGUGCCAUGUUAUUAUUCCUUCUGCCAGAUGUACAGUCUCUAAAGAUUGAUCUGGCUUUCCUAGAAGAGGAAAGCUUGGCCGAGCAAACUCGUCGGGAGUGGCUGUUUCGCGCCUUGCUCCAAGAGCCCAACGACGUGUGGGCAGCGGGCAAGGUGCCCGCCCUGCGCAACUUGCAAGAGUUCUCCUUGAUACUGAGAGACCAUAGAGCUGGGAACGCAUUUGAUCCAAGGCUGCUACUGCCUUUCUUGCUGCUCCCAAAGAUGCGCACGUUCUACACCUCGCUACUUAAUACCGGCCACCAUUUCCUCCUCAUGAGUGAACGUGAGAGGUCACAAUGGUCAGGCAAGUCAGCAGUGACCGAGAUGAUCUUCGACUUCGUGACGGUCGAUGGCUUCACCAUAGACUCGCUCCUGAGACUCCCAAGCGCGUUAGAAAAGCUCACGUUGAACUCUUACGCUGCGCUACCCUCCGAAUGGGCCUUCGAUCCAACCUAUUGCGGAGAUACGUAUAAAAUAUUACUCGCAAAUCGAGUACUUUGGUACGCUCUCUGGCACCAGCGCCACUCUCUAAGAAGGCUGACCAUCCGCUGGGCCAAUAACCGCGCGGAAAAGCCGUUACCAAGCCUGAAGCCGUUCACGGUGCUCGAGGAGCUCACCGUCCCCCUUGCAAUGCCCCUGCACAACCGCGCUUGCGAGACCACUGCUCCCAGAUUGCGUCAGGUUACUAUUGAGCAUAGGGUGGAGGUUUCGGAUGGCCCUGCGUCGAAAUAUGAGCUCGACGCGGAGGCUGUCAUCAGCCUGGGAAGGCAGGUCGGCGUGGAGGUCCUGGUCGACUUCGUGGAGUACAAAGUGCCAGAAUUCGGUUUGUCUGACACGGACGAGGAAGACAACGAUUGA